AUGGGCAAAUCAAAACGCCGCAAGACGCAAGAGCGCAGAGAGCACAACGAAAAGUCCAAUGGCGGACGCUCCAAAUUCAACGUCCGAGACGGGCCCUCACGACCUAAACACCAGCAAUCGCGACCGACACAACACGCCAAACCGACUCCAGAGAAAAAAGCGGCGCAGAAGCAACAGUCACAGCAACAACAAAACCUAGACCCGAUAAUCCCUUUUGAUCCUCUGGACCGUAUCCUCACCAUUGGCGAUGGCGACUUGAGUUUCAGCAGGAGUUUGGUGGAUACACAUGGAUGCGCUGCUCUGCUAGCUACAACCUAUGACUCUGCAACUGAAGUACUGGAGAAGUAUCCACAAGCGCAAGAAAAUAAAGAAGCGAUAGAGGCGGAAGAGCAAAGAGUAUUGCAUGGAGUAGAUGCCACCAAAUUGGGCCAAAGAGAAGUCAAGAAACAAGCUGGAGGGUGGGAAAGAGUCAUGUUCAACUUCCCGCAUGUGGGAGGUAAGAGUACGGAUGUUAAUAGACAGGUCAGGUAUAAUCAAGAAAUGCUGGUAUCUUUCUUCAAAGCCAUAACGCCAUUAUUGGCUCCCCAUGGUACUGUAAUCGUCACUCUCUUCGAAGGCGAACCCUACACCCUCUGGAACAUCAGGGAUCUUGCUCGUCACUCUGGCUUGGAGGUCCAACGCAGUUUCCGUUUCCAGGCUGAUGCAUACCCUGGAUAUGCUCAUGCGCGAACGCUAGGAAAUAUCGAAGGAGGAGGUGGUUGGAAGGGUGAAGAGAGGCCAUCGAGGAGCUAUGUUUUCCAGCAUAAGGGUGCGGCAGAUGUGGUGCAGAAACAGCAGGCGAAGAACAACAAGAGGAAGAAGAUGGAGGAGAGUGAGGAUGAAGAUAGUGAUGAGGAUUGA